AUCAAAUUAAAACUGUAAACAUUGAACAAACACAGAAUAUCUCUGUUUUGAAGAUCGGGUGGAACGCAUCAAGACGAACCUAUAGUUUCUUGGAGAAGCUUACUAGAUUAUUCGCUAUUUUUAACAUAAGUUGAUAGAUUUCUGGAUUAUACCAUAUUCACAAACGGAGAUGUAAUUCAAAGGAAAUAUGUUUCGUAUUCCAUGUAGUUUCUUCACGAUUAUCGGUUGGAUUUUAUAUUUUGGAUUUAUCACUGAAGUGUUUGGUGGUCGUUCUAAAACAGGUCCCAACUGGUAUAGAGGAUGUCACUUUUUACCUGAUCCAGAGACAUCCGGAAGAUUAUCCAGGCAACCACUAUAUGAAAUAUCACAAAACUGGACUCCAGCAAAAUGCGCAAAGAAAUGUAUGGACGCAAAAGAGUAUUCAUUUGCAUUUCUUUUCAAUGGAAACGCAUGUUUUUGUCGAAAAUACUUAACAAGGAAAGUGUAUGAAUCAAGUUGUAAUCAGAGGUGUAGAAACGAUCGCGCUUUUAAAUGUGGAGGUACGACUUCAGUCAGUGCAUAUUCUGUCAAUGGUCCUUAUAUUGCUUCUAUACACGUUGUUGUUCGGCCAAAGAAGGUGGUAAGAAACCAACAAGUUAAAGUUACUGUGAUGGUAGAACUUGCAUCUGACAUUUCAACCAAAAUCGGUCUUAUGAGAUUUGAACAAACGUCUUUCCGAACGGUAACAGUAACAGCAAAUCUAGAAUAUCGAACAAAGAAAAAGGUCAACAAUAUUAUAAUUAGAGGGAGAAAAGGACAAAUUGAAUUUACUCACAGAUACGACUCGGAGGGACUCAAACCUAUUGACGUUGUAGUAAAAAAUACCAUAUCUACGUUGAGCACGCGAAGAUAUAUACAAGUAGAAUCAAGAAUUCCAAGAGAACUGAGUAUUCGGAUCGACAGACAGAAUGUACAAAUGUGUACUCCUACUUCAUCUGAUGGCGAUUCAGUUUUUGUUGGAGAAUAUGUUACUCUUCAAGCUAGUGUUGCGAGCGGAUUUAACCUGACUUUUGAUUGGAAUUUCUGUGGCAUUGAAGUUCGGAAAUUUUCUACCCAUAUGAUGAAUCCAACUUGCGUCCAUUCAGUGUGUCACUCCGAUGCUCAGCCUUUCACAUUUAGAGAGUCCGGGAAGUGCAAUAUUGAAGUACGAGUACAUAAUAAUUUUGGUUCUGUGACGUCACAUUUGCCCGUUUCAGUCAUUACGCCCGAGUUGCGAGACCUUUCACUUACAGCACAACCUCUAACGUGGGGCGGAGACCCAGUCGUUGAAAAUUCGGAAGGGCCUUCUACUCCUGUAGAGCCAUGGUCGUUACCAGGUCAUUCAAUAUCUGAAGGAGCAACGGGAGGACGAGGAGGAUCGUACGCUCCUGAGGAUUAUCCGUCGAACAACUUUCCUAGCAAAAUCAACUUUUACCCAUUUGGUGAUCGUGAUGUCACACCUACUCCUCCAAUUGAACAACUAUUCCAGAAUCAUAUUCCCCUGAAAACUGGACAAUAUUUGAAGGAUGCUUCAAUAAAGUUUGAGGCGUCUGCUUUUGUCACAAACUUUGAAGAAGGUUCAUUUGUUGAAAUCAAUUUUGGAGACGGAGAAAGAAUCUUUCAACCUAUCGAAGUUGUAAUACAUGGGUUCCCUGAUAUGAGAAGAAAGAGAAGAUCUGUACAAAAUUCAAUCAGAACAACAUGGACUGAAGUCGAAGAAAAAAAUUAUUUUUCUAACGAAAAAACAGAUUCAAAGAGCACGGAUUAUACCAACAUGUCGUUUUAUUCGUGGAUAAAAGAUAAACAACGACCCAAAAGGAGCAUCACAACGAAUGAUAAUGGUUAUGAGGACUAUUUAAACAACCUUGGUCAGCUGGGACCGUACACUUCAAUGGGAGAGGGAGGACAAAAUCCCGAGGUAGAGUUUACUAGCAGAGACGGUGGAUUUCGUAUGAGCGAAGGGUUCGACUUCGAUUCGACUAGUUACCAAUUGGUGGAUGUAAUAUACGGGGAUAAUUGUCAUCACUCAUUGAAGUUUGAACAUUCUUAUAAAGUUUCUGGAAAAUUUAACGUCACAUUGAAGCUUCACAAUGGAACAUAUUCUCUAUCUACUUUCGUCAAGUCAGGUCUUCAGGUACUUGAUGGAACGCCAGAACUGAAUAUACGAUGUCCAGAUACUACUGAACUGGGGAAGAGUAUAAUUUUGAGUGUGUCAUCAACCAUCGAGUUACCUGAUAUUUUAACAUGGAAGAUCUUUCGAAGAUCUGCAGAGGAAGACGCAUGGGUUGAAGACGAGAAUCUUGAACAGCGAGGAUAUUCAUUUAAGAAAUCAUUCCUGUUAAGAGGAUUUUAUAAAAUCGAGGUUUACUCAUCAGACAAGCAACCACCGUCUACAUGUGUGCUUCAAGUUGAGGAGCCAUUAUCUGGGUUAUCCGUGAAAACUGACUCGAAAUAUGUUCAAACAGGAACACAGGCGAUUGUAAGAAUAUCUUUAGAAGCGGGAACGUCUGCCAGUUUGGAUGUUGCACCAGAUGAUAUUCAUGGAAUGGUGAAUAUUGAAAAAAGCAGUAAAGGCAAAUGGAACGUCUACUUCAAUGUUAUUGAUACAAAAUGCUAUGAACUAACGGUAAACGCAAAAAAUCCUGUUUCGAAUAUCUCAUCUGAUGUCGUUGAAAUUUGUGGAGAAGAACCAAUAUCAGGAUUUCAAGUACAAUUGCCUGACAUUGCUGAUCUGAACUCCGAGGUUCCAAUAAAGAUCUCGUUUGAAAGAGGCUCGAACAUACAUAUUACAGUCAAUGUAUUCACUCUGUUUGGGAUGAGCAAUGAAUCUUUCGAUCGAACUAUCACAGAUUUUAACAAACGUGGAGUUGAGAUUUUGUCUCCACAGCUGACAAAACUGGGAAUAUACCGUGUAGUUGCGAAAGCAAGUAACCGUGUACCUGCUAAAACACAGACUUGUGAUAAAAUGUCUGUGUCAUCAGAAGCAGAAGUGCUUGUGACAAAAUUUAUUUCGCCGGAUGCUAGAAUAUCUAUCGAAAAACAUAUAAUUUCUCGGGCAAAAGAAAAUCAAAUGGAUGAUAUGCCCUGGUCAUAUGUAUACGAUGCAAAAUUAGAUGGAAAGCUACAGAAUGGAGAUGGAUAUUUAUACAGAUGGACGUUACAAACAGUAACAAAAAUGGGAGAUAAAACUAUCGGAGUUUUAUCCAAACGUUACACGCCCUCCCCGCUAUUUGGAGUUGAAUUACCUAAAUGCAUCGCGCUUGUCAAUUCACCUGAUGACGUCACGUUGAAAUAUGACGUCAGUGAAAUGGGUGAGAUGUAUGCUGCACAAUCGCCCAUUUGUAAAGUGUCAGUAGAAGUUAUAUCUGUAACAAACAAUGCAACGGAUUUUCAUGUAUCAGUCGGUGACACAGGCAAAUUGUCAACUGGAUUGAUUUUACCUCAAAGUAGCGUUAUUGAAACAAAAAGUUCUUGUGAAUUUGAUAUAAAAUGUCCUGACGAAGCAGCACCGUCUUGCGAAGUUUCUUUCGGAGAUGGUUCGGAGCCAAUGAAGAUUCAUUCAAAUUCAAACUGGAAUUCGCUUAGCCACGCCUAUACAAUACCUGGUCUUUAUGAAAUCACGAUUAAAUCAUACAGUCGACAAACUAGGAAAUCGACCAUUUUAAACUCUACAAACGUGGUUGUACAAGACAAAAUUUUAACCUUAAAGCUUGAGGGAAUAGACGUUUUGUCAUUUGAAGAAAAUCCUUCUGGUGUAUGGAAAGCAACGGUCCAAAGUGGUUCAGAUGUAGUUUAUCAUUGGUCUGUUAAGUAUCAGAAUGAGACAACACUGCAUCAAGAAUAUUCAAGAGCGGAAGAGUGGGAAUACACUUUUCCACACCCUGGUGAAUAUAUCUUGGACGUUGUGGCUUCCAAUGAUGUUAGCAGACAAUCUGGAAGGCAACGUGUCACCGUGCUCCAGACACAUUGGUAUUUCAAUGUCCAGGCGAACAGUUCUAUCUUGGGUAAACCAUCUUCCUUCAUAGUGAGCACAAACGCAUCAUCAAAUAUUGUUGCAGUAAGAUUUGAAGAUUCCGGGAAAACGAUUGAAUAUGAUCUUAGCUGUUUGGAGCCGAACUUUACAUCCACGAAUGAAGAGAAUAAAAUUAUCAAGUCUUAUGUGAUAAGUUAUACAUACAAUCAAACCGGAUCGUACGAAGCUACAUUCAGUUUAUUAUCCCGUACCGACGAUGACAGGAUGAAACGACUUUAUACCUUGAAAACAGAUGUAAUGCAUAAACCUGCCCCAAAGAACCUUCUUCUUGAUGUUAUUGGUGGGGAUGUAACUGUAAAGGAUGGCAAAUAUUACAUUGCGACGUUUAACGAAGUUGUCAUCAGAGCAACAACAAAUUUUCACACUGAAUUUUUCUCAUGGGAUGUCUGGAAUAUUCAGGGAAUGCGACGUGAUAUGAUUCAUCCGCCUUCACCAGUCGAAGCAACAAAUUCGAGCACGGCUAAUUUUAGUUACAUGAUUGAACAACAAGGUAUUUAUGAAAUCAGGGCGACCUCACACACCGAUGUAGUGAAGUCUUCUUUGAUAAUCGAGGCUCAAGAAAUAAUAAGAAAAGUCUGGGUUGACAAACCUUAUAAUCCAAGAGAUACCAGAUUUGUCAACUUCUGUCGACUGAAAAGGAAUUCAGUGAAUAAAACAGUUGAAUAUAGAUGCGACAGUUUGACUUUGACUGCAUUUUCGUACGGCUCUCAAGUUACAUUCUAUUUUUAUAUUAAAUUUCGUCCGGAAGUCCCAGGCGACUAUACUGUUCCAACUGAAGUUAUUGAUGUAAUUCAAGCAAAGUCAAAACGAAAAUUACAUGGACCUGCAAACGAAGCUUCAAUUGAAUAUUCUUUCACAAAACAAGGUGUUCACUCGAUUACUAUUGUUGCUUCAAACAACCUCGGAAACCAAUCAGCCGAAAUUCCUGCUGAAAAACCUUCAUUUGGUCCAACGAGACCCUUUCUUUUUUACGCUCAACGACCGGUUGCCAGAAUUUCUCUCAGUCAAAGUACGUUUUACGUUGCUCUGGGAGCUCUUUCAUCGUUCGAAGUCAAACUAAUUAACACCAGACAAGUUGUCAAAGUGAGAUGGGAUAUGGGAGACGGAACAAGACUUCUAGGUCAAACCGUUCAACAUGCAUACAGAACACCUGGAAUAAAAACAAUGAAUAUCGUUGCAGAAAAUUUUGUGAACUCUAAAAGUACAUCGGCUUUUGUUAAAGUUGAGAUUCCAAUUGAAGAUGUGAAAAUUCAAGAAAUGCCUCUAACCUACUCAACUCUCAGACCCGUUAGACUGAGGGCGUUUGUGAAACCAUCUCAAUCAGCUUCCAAUUACACCUGGUAUUUGAGAAACGAUAACAAUACGGAAACGAGUUAUAGAAAUUUCAUUGACAAUCGAUUCACUAAAAGCGGAAUGUAUUUGGUAAAAGUAAUUGCUGCAAAUCAUGUCAGUUCGAUGGAGUCCGAAGCCAUUGAGAUAGAAAUUCAAGAACCGAUUCAUGCAAAAUUUAUCGGCGAUGAAGUCGUUCGAAGACAUAAGGAAGUGACGAUGUCUGUACAACUUCACACAGGAAGUGAUGUAUCAGUAUACUGGAGAAUAGAUGGCAAACCUCUGGCCAACAAAACUUUGGAGAUAAAGCAUGUAUUUGAAAAGAAAGGACAGUAUAAAGUUCACAUCAAUCUCAUCAAUAAAUUGGGCUCAUUCAAUAUUAAAAAAUUAAUAUUUGUUGAAGAUAGAACUUGUGAUAUUCCAAAAGUCAAGAUUUCAAAAGGAGAUGUUUGGAUCAAGCGUUCAAAGCCUCUAAGAUUAGAAGCAGAUGUCAACUUGAAUUGUUCAUUUCUGGCAACUGUGAAUUAUCAAUGGAGGGUAUAUAUUGAUGAACUCAACACUAUUGAGGUUGAACUAAACGACGUGGUCACAACGAACAGAAUAUUGGAAUUGGAACCAAGGACACUUUCAUAUGGGAUUUACUAUUUCAUAAUCAAUGUUUCAGUCUCUGAAACUAUCCUGUUCGGUAGUUCAAAAGAAAAAAUUGGCGUGGUCCCUUCAAAUUUGGUUGCAAUGAUAGAUGGUGGAAAUGUUCGGACCAUUGCAAGAGCAACAAAUGUCACUAUUGAUGCAUCAUCUUCUUAUGAUCCUGAUUAUCCAGAUAACAAUGAAGAUUUAAUAUUUGGUUGGAAAUGCUUUGUUCUAAAUUCGCCAAAUACGCCAUGUUUUAAGUCACUGGAAGAAGAUGAUGACGAACCACCUCAUCACAUUACUGAACGUUCAGCACUAUCAACAGAACAGCCUGAAACUGGUACUUCCUCAAUGAGAGCUGCUGAUGAGUAUAUUACUGAAGAAGCCCAUGAUGAGAGUGUUUACCGAGACUUUCCUGACGGAAUAUCAACGAAUGGAAGUGUAUUGAAAUUUCCCGCAUCGAUGCUCGUGCAAACGGCAGAUGCUUUUGUUUUUCAGGUUGAUGUCAGCAAGCCCGAUCCAAGUCAAAGACACUCUGACAAGGUACUUGUACUCAAGAUUGAAAAGGGUCAGAUAGAAUGGGUAACAAUUCACUCUCAAAAUUGCAAAACUGGAGCUGUUGCACGGCAUGUACCAUUACAAUUUGAAGCGUCUUGUGUAACUUGCUCACAUAAUCACGACCAAACUUCUAUAGCGUAUGAAUGGUCAAUUCAUGAAGUAGAGGACAGCAGUGCUUCGUUUUAUGAAAAUGAUACCAGUGAUUGUGCACCACCUGAUGGUACAGGAUGGAUGAGUCUAAUAGGAAUAUUUGGCAAUGAAUCAGAAUUCACCAAUGGCUCCGAUACUGAUCCACUUCUCAAAUACCUUACGAAUAUAACGAGUGGCGGCGAAUUUACGGAUGAUUCAAAUUUUUAUGGAAGUUUGGUACCUGAUCAUCUUUUAACAGAUCAUUGGCCAGAACAUUCACAACGACCACCGCCACCGCCCAUUGGAGGUGAUAUAAGUGAGGGGAAAUCACCAUCUCGUAAUGGGGAUUUUGAUGGCUCUCGAUUUGAGGAUGACAAUGAUGGAAUUCCACCAGUUCCUUUAAAAAGAGUGUUGCGCACCGCGGUUCCUAUUUUUGAAAUCCACCAGAGUGAAAACGUACCCAAUAUGCCGACUUUUCCACUUGAUAACAUUGAUGGAGAAUCAAAUAUGAGGGAUGGAUACGGAAUCGGUGGACAGCGACCGCUUGGCGCACCACCGUCUCAGGACUUGGAUGAGGAAUUGACUGGUUCGCGGUUUGGAGGUGGAAACAAUUACAACUAUGGACCUUAUGGUUUCUCACAUGAAAAUGAGUGGGCAGGUCGAAGUGGUAUCAUACCUUACUCUCCUGGUAUGGAUGGGUUACCUCCAAUUUUCGGAGACAGUCAGCGGCGAGGUGAUGCUUUCAGAAUGUCUGAUCAUUCAUCAAAUAUUCGGCUACCGAACCAUUAUCAGGAUUUGGAUCAUACAAAGUUGGAAUUGGCAAACAUUGCAUUGAGUGGAAUAAACGAUAAGAUGUUAAUACUAAGACCAAAUACAUUAACAGAAGGAAGAACAUAUGCUAUUACCAAUGAAAUUUUCUUGCAAGAUGGCAAAAUGAAGAAAUCUAUUGGAAAGACAUCAUACUAUUUUACUGUAUUGCGUGGACCAAGCUAUGGAGACUGCAGUGUUGUUUACCGAGACUUCACAAAAAAUUAUUUAGUACAUUGUGCUGGAUGGAAGAAUCAGCAGAAUGGCAACGCAAGAGAUAGAGUCAGUAGGCGAGAAAUGUUGAGCUACGAUAUAAGUUACAGUUUGACAGAGAAAGGCCCGACACGACAAAUCUAUACAGGAGUGAGUCAUGAAAAAUAUUUCCGUCUGCCAAAGGAUAACAAGCCAGCAUACAUUCAUAUAGUAUUGAGAAACAGUGACGGUGCAAGCACAAACGUUUGUUCAUUCUUACCAAAUGGACCAAUAAAAACUAACUUGUCUCUGACUACUGACGAACUUCUGCAAGAGGCAUACUCUGAAGCGGUACCUUCCAAUGGAAGUUUGGGUGAAAUGCUAGCAAUGGGAGAUCAAGAAGAAGUUAUUGCAUUGGUCAAUGUCAUUCUUGACACAAUUCCAGAGGUGAAAGAGUUGCAAAGAUUAGAAAAAGAAACAGAAGAACCUAUAAUGAAAAUGUCCAGACAAAUCAUAUACAACACCACAAUGGCCUUGAAGUCUCUCAUUCCAAGAAAAAUAAAUGAAGUGCAGUAUAUUGUUGAAACACUUAUUAGAGCAAUAUCUCGAGGAAAAUUGUUCUCUGCUAACACUCUUUUUGAAGCUGCUAAUUUGUUGAUUGAAUGUGUGGAUGCUUUGCGCAAUGUUACACAAAAAGCAAAGGAUUCUGGUAACAACCAAUAUAUAUUGAGCGAUGAGGAAAUGAUGAACAUGCUAGUAAAUGCACGAUUAGCUUUAUCCGAAGCCUGCAUUCAAUGUUCUAUUAGAAUUGAGUCUAAACCAGAUAAGGACGAAAUCGAACAAGCGAAAAAAAUACUGUUUGGAAACUUUACUGAAUUGAAUGAUUUGAGAAAAGUUUCCAUAAAAAGUAAACUGAUGGAAAUGGAAAAGAAAGUAUACUCUCAUCUGAACAAAUUUUUCUUGGAUUUGAUUCACUAUCGACCCAAAGUUCUGGGGCCAAUUCGAUCAAGAGUUGACAAUCUUGGAAUUGUUGUUCAGUCAUUUUCAAAAGUGGUGAACGUAUUUGAAAGUGAUGACGACAUAUUUGGAAAAUCAGGAUCAUGGAAAGCUGGUUUUGUUUUCUCUGACGAGGCUGCAAGUAUGACCAAGUGGAAUACCAAACUUGCAGAAUCUUAUGUGAUUUCUUCAACGCUGCCUGAUAUGACUUUAUCCGGAUUUAAAGAGAAAUCCAUUGAACAUCGGCCCAUCUCGUUAUCACUCUAUAAUGUAGCUUCGACCGAAUUGCUUGUGCAUAAUUUUGACCCACCUGUUGUUGUUUCUCUCCCACCAAGAAGUAUGGACAAGGUCAGUGAAUUCCAUGGCAUCAUUUUCAGAGACAGAGUAUCGACUAACAGUUUUCCUGUUCAUAAAAUGCCUAAUAGAACAAUGCAUUUAGAAAUAAUAUUGGGAACACAUCAUCAAAGGUCCUUCCCCGUAACAAUAGCUGUGAUCAAACCAACAACUGAACAUCACUCAGGAACACCACAUUCUGAUCAAAUUGUUUCCAAGCAAGUUGUAUCGAGAGGACAGUUCCAGGAUUUUAAUGCAUUAAACCAAACCAUAGCAGUAAAAUUCACAUUAAAAGACGAGGACUUUUCUCACAAGCAUGGAAUGUAUUACAUAGCGUUCUGGAAUGAGCAGGUAAUGACUUCAAGAUCACGUCAUUACGAUAUUGAAUUCAUUCACUACACUCUACGUAUUUGGUGGUCAGAUUGUUUCUUUUGGGACGACAUUUUUAUGGAAUGGAGACAAGAUGGAGUCAAAGUUAUGGAGCAGUCUACAUCUACACAAACGAUCUGCAAAACUUCUCAUUUAACGACAUUUAGUUCUUCAUUUAUUCCCGUAAAAACAGAUGCUCAAGCUAGUGACAUAGGAAUAUCGAUUGGUCAUACUGCACUUCGUGGAAGCAUAACGAUUGUUUCAAUUAUACUUGUUGCAACGCUGGUGUUUCUUUAUAUACAUUAUCGCAUACUACGACCUCGAGAACUGGAGACCCCAACUUCAGUAUUCAGAGUUGAUUAUUAUGGAUCACGACCAAGAUUCAGUGAAAUUGGAAGGAGACUGAGAUGGUUUUUCGGUCCAGAUCAAAAGUCUAACUCUGUUCCGAUCAUAUUACACGAUAAUAGGAAAACACACAAGCAAGUAUUUGAAGUUACCCUACAGACUAGCUGUUGGCCUGGUAGUGGAACUACUUCUAACGUCACAAUCAUUCUAUAUGGAGAGGAAGGGAAAUAUGAAGCAAGAGAAUUGAUCACACCUAAAACUCAUAAUGCUAGAGAAGCAAGAUAUGAAAAUGGUUAUUCAGAAAAUGACGAUUAUACUGGUGUAGAUGACGAACUAUUCAUAACUGGUUCUACACAAAAAUUCAUUAUCACAUACCCUGUAAACUUGGGCCCUUUGUGGAAAUUGGUCAUCUGGCAUGAUAACAGUGGAGAAUGUCCUAGCUGGAGGUUGGACCAUGUCACCGUUCGUGACGUUAAUGAAAAAAAGAAGUGGCAUUUCCCACUUUACGAUUGGCUAUCUUUAGACAGGGGUAAAAAAUCACUCUGUGCUGAACUUAGGCCACUCUACUCCCCGCCAAGUUUCUAUAAGCAAGUUGCAUUGAGAUUGAAUACUUUUCUUUGUAACAUGAGUAGUGUCUGUUCUCUAAUCGUGGCACCUGGAUACGGACAACAACCUCGUAGUCAACGUGCGAUACACCUCUUUACUUUACUGGUGACUAUAUUCGGUCUUACUACCGCCAGAUACAUGUUGGAGUGGGAUAUAUACUCACAUGAUACAGAUUUGCCGUACAUUCAUACCGUCAGUAAGUCAUGGGGUCUUAUAAUUGGAAUCGGUGCAUUGUUGAUUGUACUUCCAGCACAGCUAUUACUGAAUUUCAGUAAACACGACGAAAAGAUUUCAGUCACAAUCGAGGAUGCAACAAUAUCGUUGAACGGAACUGAUUUUCCAGAUGAUCGUACUUCAUACAGAUAUACUUCCUCUAUCAAUAUCUCAAAACCACCAGACGAACAUUUAGAUCGCGAUAACAACGUACAUUAUCAUACCAGUCUUUGUGCAUUGCCAAGUGUUGAAGAUACUGUUUGUGAUUGGUUGGAACUCAAAGCACAAUCAGAGCAGGGUCAAGGGGAGAGUCCCAGCAGGAACACCAUUAACAAAGAACUCCACUUACCUGGAGCCUGCAGCAGUGUUGCCAGUCCUCAAUGGAGGCAAAGCACAAAUUCGCUGGAUGAAGAAAUUGUUCGAUGCAUGAUGACAUCCACAGAAAUCCGCAAAUCCCAAACGCUAAGAGAUGUUCUGUCAACCGGAAAAUCAGCUACUCAACUUUUGGAUGACGAUGACAAAUCUCAUGAUUACAACGGUUCUAAAGUGCAUGUAAACUCAUUCCUAGCAGAACAGUAUGCUUCAAUGGGUGGUAUUUACAGCAGCAUAGGAUCGACUCUUGCAAUGGAUGGCCCAGAAUUAGUCCCUUGUGAAAAACUGGAACCAAUACCACAAGACUUUAGCGCAUUGCUCCCACGAGGAUGUCGCAAACUUGCUUGGUUGUACUAUGCUUUGGCUUGUCUUUGCUCUUGUGGUGUAACUAUCUACGGAAGCCUGAUUCUGAUUAGGUCCUAUGAUUUAGGACCUUGGUUGGAAUGUAUUAUGUUUGCCGCAAUAUGUGUUCUUGUACUGGUAGAAGGAUUGCUGAUUUUUAUUUUUGCAAUGCUGGCCUCUAUAUAUAGUUCUCUCAAAUGGAUGCUUUCUGAUGAACCGUUAUGGAAUAUGCUCGAUAGAAUGUUUUCAACGAGUGAUGUCUCUAGUGUGACUGAAAAUUCACUGGAUGUGUAUACAGAUUCAACCUCUUUUCACAUAAUUUCAUCCCAAGAAUGCCUCUCUGCAAAUGCUGAAGCCAUGAUAGAAGACGCAAGGAUAGCGCGUGAGAUUGGUGACAGAGAAAGAACAAGAUAUCUUCGACAUGUUGAGCCUCCAACCGAAGUUCCUAAUACACAGGAAAAGAAAAGAAAAAUCAGGAAAAUUAAAAAAGCAACUACAAAAUGGAUCGAAGUGAUAUUUUUAUUAUUUAUUGGGAUUAUAGCUGCAGUUAUUGUAUCCGAAGGAUUUAAAGAAUCAAGCGAUCAGUCACGAGAUGUUAAAGAUUGGUUCAUUAAAACUUCCACUUUUCCUAGCUCAGGUGGAUACAUAACAACUGACAUGUACAACAUGAGGAAUAACUCUAUUUCAUACAACUACCAGAGCGUCAAGUCUAGAGAAAGCUGGUUAAAGUGGUUUGACAAAGUCUUGAUGGAUUGCCCGAAAUCCCAAGAGCGUGCUAAAUUAGAACGAAGUAGCAAUAACUCUCCGGAAUCAUACCUUGCUCGAAAAUAUCAGAAAUAUUUAUAUCAGUCAAAAGGUGCUCAAAAGAUUGCUCGGUACUUACUUAUUGGAACACCAACUCUCAUUGUGAAGCAAUACGAAACGCUUACGAAUCGGAACGACAUACCAGCAAAGGUGUUGCUAUUACUCAACCGCACUGUUGCAAAAUCAAUCACAAAAUCUCAUGACGAAUCAAUUCCGAAGGUAAACACAAUGCUGAAAAGAAGCAGCGAUUCGAUGCAACGAGACAUAUCACUGAAAAAAACAACAAUCACAUACCAGGUACCGUCGUGGGUUGUAAAAACUCAAGACGCGAUUGGAAGACUUUCUGCGCUCAGACGUUUCAUUCGAGAUCACGUUACAGUGAAUUCAGUCACUGUAGAUGUAAUACUGUAUAAUCCAUAUGCUAAUUUAUACUCUCAUAUCUCUGCGAUUUCAAAUUUUCACAAUCCGACAGGUUCCAGAAAUUUUGCUGAAACUUCUUGUCAAAGCACAGUAAUGGUAUCAUCGUUGUCUCUUUCACUGACUGGCGUGGACCGUACAAACACAAGCACAGCUUGGAAAUCGUUUUUCUUAUGUCAAAUGUUGUUGCUAUGCUGGAUUGGAUAUAAAUUUUUACAUUCACUAGUUUCGUUGACGACAAAAAUUCUGAAGCGCUUUGCAAUAUCGACAAUGACUGAAUCUCCUAAAACUAAACUCUGCUGCUCUAGAUUACUGAUGAAGUUUUCACUCGGACUUCUUGAUUUGUGCAUUUGGUGCUUGUCACUUUUAUGCAUAGGAAUAUCAGCAUCUCGUCGUGCACAUAUCGAGACUAUAAUGCCGUACAUAUAUGGGUAUGAUUCCCCCAAUGGAGAUACCUACAAAUCCCUAUCUUUCGUUGACAUAAUUCAAAGUUUCACUAGACUAUCAACAACGUAUGGAAUGCUAAACUUUUUUUUGAUCAUCAAAUUGCUAACGAUCGGAAAAUUAUACCACAACUUUCCGAAGUUCCCAACUUAUUCUAAAAACCGCAAAAUAGCUACCGGACAAGUCGUUUCAAUUUUACUAUUAUUCUGGGCUGUAUCGAUAAUAUUAGCCUUCAUCGGAUACCUGAUUUUUGCUGAUGAUUCUUCAUUCAGCUCGUUUAUCCAUGCUCUUGCAACUAUACUUCUGUCAUCGCUAUCUCUCGGGUCUUUACCUAUAAAUACAUCGUUUGAUAUGAAAGCAAUCAGAGCAAAAUAUGGAACUCUGGUCACAGUGUGGUUUUUCGUCACAAUUUUCGUCACGCUUCGCUUAGUUUUGAGAGGUCUUCUUGUGGCAGCGUGUCAAAAACGAGUAAAAGGCGAAGGUAAAACCACAUCAUCACAAACAAAUUACAACAUUACAGUAACGUUUAAAGAAAUGCUUGAAUACAAUUGGGACAGACUAAAAUAUAUUGGAUUAUGCACUGUUUGCAUAAUACUGCAGAGAGAUCCUGGAAUGUGGGGUGCUCAUAAUGAUGUCGAAUUCACUUCAUUGGGUUUUUCAAAGUCGAAACAGCUGACGGGGAGGGAAAAGAAAAAACUUGGUUCUUCUGCUUCAUACAGUCACAGAUCAACACCGGUAAAAACAAAAGUUGAACAACAAAAAGAAAAUGAGGAAGGAAAUUGCAAAUCAAAAUAUAAUUUGCCAUCUGGAGUCUUACUUUCCGAGAUUGAAACUCAACUUGAUGAAUUGUAUUUACGAGCUUCUGCUCUCGCUGACAUGGCAUGCAAUGAAAUCCCACCGGAAGAAUUAAUAAGCGUUUUUUACCAAAAGCAAGGAGAAAAACGUAACGAUACUCUUGAUAAAACUGAGUGUAUUCUGUCUCCUCCUACUCUUGUGAAAUCGAAAGAAGUCGAAUCAACAAAGAAUGACGACAGAGAAUUUACUGAUAGACAGAAUCAAACAGAGGUGACUUCGGGGAAACCUCCGAUCCGAAGGCCGAUCGCAAAUUCCAAGAGAAAUCCAAAGCGACGCCUUACAAACAAUAAUUUGGCAACAAUUAGCAAUGAAAGAGCAACUCUUACAAAACAAAAAGAAGAUAUUGUAACUCCUAGAAUCGACAAAUGUGGCCUGAAUAAAAUAUGCCGAAGUGAACCCACGGAACCACAAGAAGAUAAUGCACCUUCCCCACGAUUGCAAAAAGUUCAUCCACGAAAACACUUUGGACAACAAAAGCAAAUCAUACCUUGUCACGCAUUAAAUGACGUCAAUAAUAUCAUGACGUCAUUAGACCCACGGAAAUAUGGAUGGAUAUCGGACGAUGAUACGCUUGACAGAUCUUCCGACGUCAGCGCAGUGUCGUCAUCUAGUUUUCUAUCAACUAACACUCCUGUACCACCUCUUACCAAGCAUAAUUUAGCUCGACAUAAUUAUCACAUAAUUUCCCGACAAACAUCUACAAUAACGGGAUCUAGUGGAGGAACAGCAAACACAGUGAGGUUGUCAGAUGUACCGUCAACUUCAAGCGCGCCGUAUGAGUCGCCUCCAGAACUUCCAUCAACACUAAGUGAUCGAUUUUGGAGAACUUUAUCAUUAAUGAAGCGAUAUUUUGGAAGAGAAGAAAUGUCACAGAAUGAGCCGAACAAAGUGCGUCCCUUGCGUCGUUCACGUACAGCAGCUAUCAAUGUAAAAGAUCUACCCAGCCUCGAAUCCCUUCGAGAUAGUGACGGAGGAAGUGAUCGCACAGGGAAAAAAUCGUCCGCCUCUACUACCAAGAUUCGAUCUGUCCUAACUGGAGCAAAACGCAGCUUAGAACCUAGAAGCAGAGCAACGAGAGUCCGGAAUAUCACCUCGACUCGUCAAAUUAAUUCACCGUCGUCAUCAAGAUCGCCGAUGAGUGAAAUAUCGUCGCUUCAAUCUCGCUCUCGUGAUUUUCUGAAACACGAUGACUUGGAAACAUUCAGCAUUCCUGGAACGGUAAUCGAAGAGUCGCAAUAUCUUCCUUCUGUAAAUACUAUAACAAAAAAUUUGAAAUCACACAAUGGUGGCGAGAAGAAAACUAUCAAACAAGUACGUAAAAAGAGUGUUUCAAGACGAAACAAUCGAACGUCCCCGCUUUCAAGUUCCAACUCUAAGUGACGUAAUACGAGCAGAAAACAAAAAGGUGACGAAUGACGACGAUACUGUUGCAAGACGCCUACCAGGAAACAAUCGAGGCAAUAAAGUGAAUAAAAUAAACGUAUAUCAUAUUUUAUUCUUGUUUCAGCAGAUGAUAUCUGUUACUGUUAGUGAUUGAUUUCGAAUUCAAUUCAGACUGAGUUAUUAUCUUGUAACAAUGAGCAAGUAAUUACAAAAAACUUGACAACGUUCGAAAUGUAAAAACUUCUAUAAUGGAUUUUAUUUUCACUUAAUUAAUAUAAAGUCGAAAACAGUGCGCAAUUUAUAUAAUCUGCUAGGAAUAAAAAACUUUUUUUUUCAGACGAGUGGGCUGAAUUUGCAUUUUGAAUACUAAUUACAAAUACAUAUCUGUACAUUUUAAUUUAAUUUGAUUGUAGUAAGUUAUGGAAUGACAUUUUUCUAUAAUAUUUUUUUGUGAAUAUGUUCAAAUAAUGUUCAACUUGUUAUGUAGAAGUUGCCAUUUUUAGUGCCUUUUUAAGUCUCCUAUUUUUUAAUCAAUAAACAAUUUUAUAAUUUCUGUAUUUUUAAUUGUAAAUUAUUAAAAAUUGUUAUAAAUAAAAUAUUAUUGAUUCUGAUUGUGUUAAAUAAAUUCAUUUCAUACAGAUUUUCAUGUUUUUUAGUUUAUUUGCAAUUUUGCAAAAUAUAUAUAUACUCUGAUUGUCGCGCUAACACGAUCCGUGUUACUGGGAACGAGCCUCCCAAGUACUUUUUCGAUAUAUGCCGGAUUAAAAAGUGGGAGUAACUCUAACAGUAAAAUGGCGGUAAUCAUCUCCAAUGCGUAUGACCUCGUGUUUUACGGAGGUAACAACUAUAUAUAUAUUAAUUUUGAAACUAUUUCACGAUUUCACGUUUUCACGAUUAAAAUUCGACAGAAUAAGGACUGAAUUUCAGCGAAUGGGAGUGGAAUUGGUCAAGUACGGCUAAAAUUGUUAUUUGACUACAGGUGUUAUUAUGUUGUUGUUAGUAUUCUUUUUUUUAUUGUUGUGAAAUGAGUCUGGUUUCCUUCUAACUACUUCAUUAAUUGCUCGGAAAUCUUCAGUGGUAAAAGAUUGUUGUUGUUGCCCUAAGAUUCUUGUAGCCUCUAGUCUAUGAGAUUUGCGCAGCGUGUGGCGGUUCAGUGUUCACAUUGGUGGAGAUCUGGUAGUUAGUCAAAUCGAAAAGACUUCAUCGAAAAAUACAUAAAUUAAAACAUGAAACACGAGCUAAACCCUGUGACGGUACCGUAUCCAAGUAAGUGUAUUUUCUGAAUGUUCAGAAACAACUGAUGCAAAACUGCUGCUAUUAAUACGGUCAAAUAAAUUGAAUGACAGGACGUGGAUAUAUCAGAUUCCGGUGUUAGAGUCUCUAAUGAUAUAUAUAUAUAUAUAUAUGUAUCACACAAAAUUAUAACACAUUGCUAUCGAUUCUAAUUAUUCACCAAAACAGGUUGAUAACUUUAAUCAGUUGUCGUUUACUGUUUUGUUUUAGAUUUUUUCGUUGUCUAGAGCAACUUGUUUUGCGAUUCUUUGUCAAACUCAAUCAUGGAAAUGUAGCGAGUACUUGAAGAUCGAAUGAAUCGCUUGACUUUGUUUUAUUGUUUCUCAUAAUUUGAGGUUUGGAUUUAAACUGUAUAUAUAUACUUUUAUUAGCGUUUCAAAUGUAUUUUAUUAUCUGCCAUUUGGAGCAAUUCAGUCCGAUUAAUUACAAUAUAUAUAUAUAUAUAUAUAUAUUAACAUUUGGCAUCACAACUAUUGAGUUGUUGGGAUCUUUCAUCAUUGUUAUAUAUGUUAAACAUGAUGUCUCGUAUAUGCCCUACGAAUUCAAAUAUAUCUUUUUUGUAAUUUCUGGAUGCCAAUGAUCCCCCCCCAUCGCCCUCUUCCUACUGUAGACCGAAAGACAGAAUUUAAAGAAUUUAUUAGGCUCACUGAAUGUAAAUUAUAAUAAAACAUUCACGACAAAAAAACUUACAAAAUCAACACACUGCUCAUAAAAAAGUAAAAACAUAUGUGUACGUAUGCAUGUAUUGUAGAGUAUAU